GUACACCCCACCCAUCUAGAAAAGAUCAACUUGCUUAGUUCUAGCCUCUCAAAUCUAACGUCUUGUAGAUAAUACAAUCCAUCGCAUGAUAUAAAAAGGCUAUCAUUUUUUAUACAUUAUAAAAAAAAAAUGGCAGAAGCUUCAUCCAAUAAUGGUGGUCUUAGGUUAGCCGGCAAGGUAGCCAUCGUCACCGGAGGUGCGAGCGGCAUCGGCAAAGAGACCGCACAUGUCUUUGCCGAACAAGGUGCACGUGUGGUCGUCAUAGCUGACAUCCAAGACGAGUUGGGUAAUCAAGUGGUUGCGUCCAUUGGCACUCAAAGGUGUACCUACAUUCACUGUGACGUGGCAGACGAAGAUCAAGUUAAAAAUCUUGUCCAAUCAACCGUCAAAACUUAUGGACAGGUGGAUAUUAUGUUCAGCAAUGCUGGGAUAUUAAGCCACACUAAACAGACCAUAAUGGAACUCGACAUUUCUCAAGCUAAUCGUGUGUACGCAGUCAACGCCCAAGGAAUGGCGUUAUGUGUGAAAUAUGCAGCGCGUGCAAUGGUGGAGGGAAAGGUGAGAGGGAGCAUUGUUUGCACAGCGAGUGUCGAAGGUAGCAAUGGUAGUUUAGAGUUUACAGAUUACACAAUGUCAAAGCACGCAGUGUUAGGUUUGAUGCGUUCAGCGAGUGUGCAACUUGCAGCACAUGGGAUUAGGGUUAAUUGUGUUUCACCAAAUGGAUUAGCAACUCCACUCACUGUUAACUAUUUUGGGGUCAGUCCUGAAAAGGUGACUGAGAUUUUUAAACAAUACUCAAGGUUGGAAGGAGUUGUGCUCACUCCUAGGCUCGUGGCAAAUGCUGUGUUGUUUUUAGCAUCUAAUGACUCUGAUUUUGUCACUGGUCUUGAUCUUCGAGUGGAUGGUGAUUUUGUUCUUAACAAAUCUAGCUAAUUUUAAUUCAAAUAUAUAUAUUGUAUUGCUUAAAAACUAUAUUGCUAUUGAGUUUAUUUAAAGAAUAAAAAGUGCCUUAACACUUCUUAGUUGGAGUGGUUAUAGGUGCAACGAGUGUCAUGAAAAUAAAUAUGGAUGUCUAUGAGAGUUAUCAUAAAACAAUGAUAUUAGAAGACCUUCAUUCAUAUGAUUGUUAAUGUAAAUUGUGAUUUUUGUAAUCUUUUUAACUAUUUGUAAUAUUAACCCUAUAAAUAGAGAGUUUAAGACACAUUGUAAGAAUUUUAUUAUACUUAAUAACAGUGGUGUAGUAAAUAAUA